AUGUCAGACUUCCCUCUGCUAUGUUCUGACUGCCUAGGAUCGGAGUCAAACAACAUCAAGAUGAUGCGUCAGCCGGCUGGCGAAGAGUGCAAGUUGUGUACUCGGCCCUUUACGGUGUUUCGAUGGUCGGUCUCCAGGAAACAGACCAAGAUGAACAAGACGAUCAUUUGCCGCACCUGUCUGAACAUACGAAACUGUUGUCAAAGCUGUAUGAUGGAUUUGUAUUUCAGAAUUCCUUUGGAAAUUCGAGAUGCAGCUUUGAAGAUGGCAGGCAUCGAAAACCCGUAUGUGGCUGCUGUGAGCAAGAAUAGAGAAGUCAAAGCUAUAAUGGCAGAAAAGCGUGAGCACGAGGGAUUCAAGAAUGAUGAGCAGAAAGAGAAGGCUAAAGAAAUAUUGAAGACGUUGGCAGAAAGAUUGGGGAAGCAGAAACCAAGCAGUGUGGGAAGUGUUGAACAAUCUACUGCCUCCGCCGCAGAUAUCAGCAAGGUCGUGGGAAAACUACCGUUUGACGCAACACUCAAGAAACCCUCGGACGAAGGCAUCAGAUCAUUCUUUGUUUUUGGGUUUGACCCUCUGAUGCCUCAGUAUGUGGUGAAAGACUACUGUGAACAGAUAAGUGGCCCUGUGACGCUACGAAUCAACCAGCGAGCAAGGUGUGGGUUUGUCACGUUUGCAAGUCGAAAUGAAGCAGAGAAGUUUGCACAACAGUUGGCGACGCUCAAGAUCAGCAAGUCUGAUGCUACAGCUGCGCUAGUUGUUCUAGAUAAGAAGUAUCCUGUGCGGUUUUGUUGGGGAUCACCCAGACUGCUUGGAAACUCAGGUAUGGAACAGGGGAAAGUUGGGGCUGUUGUAGCGAAGGUGAUGAAGCAAUUGGCAGAGAAAGAUGCUAAAGAAGGGCGUGGAAAGCGGAAAGUGGACGCUAGAAAGAGUGAGCCCCCGGCAGCAAAGAAGGCAAAGAAAGUGUUCAAGGCUGAAAGGGAUAUUGAAUUGUGA